AUGAGUCCGUUCCAGAGUAUUUCAGGCACAAAACAAACCAUCUCCACAAGCAUCAAACUGAUUCUCAUCUACCUUCACUUAUUUGCGCAAGUGCAGGACUCGUCAGGCAAACCAUACGGCAACAACUUUAACAAAUACAGCAACGUUGAGAUGUUGAGGGAAGGAAAGGAGAUGUCCCAAGAGCUUCCCGACAGCGGUCUUUUCUUUGGCAAGCGAUCGGAAGAACUGCCAGACAGCGGAUUGUUUUUUGGUAAAAGAGUCAACCAGUACCCUCUUGAUAAAGAUUUUUUUCACGGCAAAGAAUUUCAGUAUAUUCCGAUCUCUAGCAUUGGUCAGCCCGUCAAACCUAGCGAAGUAUUGUUUGGGAAGCGAGGUGAAGCUGACAAUUUGCCAGAAAGUGGUCUAUUUUUUGGAAAACGAAACCCAACUUUGAAUGGACUUUCGUAA